CGCUCCUCUCCCUCUGCUCAAUAGAGGUCUCUGCUCCAUCAGGCACCCAUGGGCUGGGCAAUGAGGCCGACCACGGCAGCGCUGUUUCUCGGCCUCACGAUGACGGUCAUCGGAAAGAAGGCGGGAAAUGGCCAGUGUGAGUUCAAGACUCUGUCUGAAGUGGAUGCUGUCGUCUGCAAGAACCUUGAAGUUUCCUACCCAAAGUUGGGGAACGUUGGCUGCAGGUUUGUUCCUGACUGCAACGACUACAGAAAGAAGAUCACCACCUGGCCCAAGCCAAUGGUCAAAUUCCCGGGGGCCUUGGAGGGUGCAACCUACAUCCUGGUGAUGGUGGAUCCAGAUGCCCCUAGCAGAUCUUCGCCCAAAGCUGGGUUCUGGAGACAUUGGCUGGUGACAGAUAUCAAAGGCAUCGACAUGAAGAAAGGGAAGGUACGGGGCCAGGAGUUAUCGGCCUACCAGCCUCCCUCCCCACCAGCACACAGUGGCUUCCAUCGCUACCAGUUCUUCAUCUAUGUUCAGGAAGGAAAGCACAUCUCUCUUCUUCCCAAAGAAAACAAAACUCGAGGCUCUUGGAAAAUGGAAAAAUUUCUGAGUCGCUUCCACCUGGGUGAGCCUGAAGCAAGCACACAGUUCAUGACCCAAAGUUACCAGGACUCGCCAAAUUUCCAAGCUCCUGGAACAAGAACCAAUGAGCCCAAAGAGAAACACAUGCAGAGAUAACUGCCCACCAGACCUCAGGCUUCACCUUGCGUGUGUGCCCACAUUGCCCACCACCUACAGUCUGGGUAUGGAAUCCCCCUGGAUAUGGAACCCCUUCUCUUCAAAUUAAUAAAAAUAUCA